UUUCUGUUCCCCAGGUAAGGUUUAAUUCCAUAAAGAAUUGGAAAAGGGUUUUAAAAAUGAGAAAAAUACGGAGAAAAGAAAUUUGGAGGUGAGGAUGAAGUGAGGCGUUAGGCUAUAUAUAGGAGAAAUUUGAAAGCAGCUCAAGUCGUGAAGAUCCGUCGGUAUCAAGACGCCCUAAACUUCCGUCGUUGCAUUUGCAUACGCUCUUAUGCCAAUUUGAUGAGUCAUUUUCUUUGCCUUGAAAAAUUCGGCUCCAAUUUCCCCAUUUGGAAUCCCAAGCCCUAAUAAUCGCCUCUGCCGGAACUGGUUUGCUUGAUUGGCGGCCUCCUCACUCCUCUUCACUCUGUCUUUCGAGGUUGCCGUCUAGUUGGAUUUACUCCGAAACCAAAAAUGGCGAGCUGUGUUACUACUAGUGAAGAGGAACGUACUACUACUGACUUCCGAUGUGUGCAGUGUGGAUUUCCUGUCAAAACACUCUACAUUCAGUAUUCUCCAGGAAAUAUUCGCCUCGUGAAAUGCGGAAAUUGCAAGGCUGUUGCUGAUGAGUACAUCGAGUGUGAAGUAAUGAUUCUCAUCCUCGAUUUGAUUCUGCACAAGCCCAAAGCGUAUCGGCAUGUAUUCUACAAUAUGUUCGGUAAAGAGACUGUAAAUUUUGAGAGUUUGUUGUGGAAAUUGGUGCUGGUGUAUGGCAUGUUGGAUAUCUACAGAAUGUGGGUUUUGAGCACAAAUGAGAAGGAAUAUACCAUGCCUGCGAGUUUUCCGUCAUUUCUGCUGGAAUUUGGAAAGAUGCUAACUGGUGUAAUGUUUGGGAACCUCAUAUUUAUUUGUGUGUUGUUCUGUUGCACAAGAAAGCUUCUCAGCCCAGCAACUAUUUUUCAUGGGUGGAAACAAAUGCUGUUUGUAGUCGUUGUUUCUAGUUACUUCAAGAUCUUUCUUUUGGCCAUGAUGGUCUGGGAAUUCCCUUCCUCUGUGAUUGUAAUCAUUGACGUUUUUGUCUUAUCAUCCAACAUUGUGGCUUUAAAAGUGAUCACCAACUCAGAGAUGAGGAGAUCCUUGCUUGUGUGUGCCUUGGCACAUGGUUUGAAGUGUUUCACCAGUCAGAGCAAAGCGUUCGCUCUCCAAAGCUAAUUGACAGAAAUGGCAUGGCAUCAACAAUGAAAUCAUGGAGCAAUUUGGUGUUCCUAUCCAUCAACUUCCCCUCAUUGAGUGAGUGGUGAAAAAGUUUAAGAUGUGCAGCUAUUCUUAUUGAUCCUGGCCUGAAACUGGUGGCUUGUGUGUUAUAGCCAUUUAUUGGAGUGUAGAAAUCUAACCUAAGAAUGAAAUGUGGGCAGUCCACAUGAUAUUGUCGGCUCUUUUUCUUGGUAUGUUUCCUUCAUCCUCUCUCUCAUGCAACUCAUGUUGGAAUACCAUGUGGUUUACUAUUGGUUUGUUUUUGAAAGUUGUCAAAAUGUGAAAAAAGACACUGAAUGUAACAAUACUCUCAUUUCAAGAGUGUCUCAUACUAUUUUUAAAAUUCAGAAAUUAUAUUUAUUCAUUUUUUAAA